AUGAUCACCAGCGGUCUCGUGGUGGAUGGCGUUAGCCACGGACUUCAGGCCCACUUACCGUAUAACCACCAGGCUGUCCAUAACCACCACCGUAUGUCCUAUGUGGAACCGUCGGCAUACAUGAAAUCGGUGGGGCCACCGCCACCUUCACCACAGCAACAGUCUUCCGAGCUGCCAUCCACGCCAGAGUUCCUGCGGCCGUUGCCGAAACCAGCGCCCGUGAACCCUCUAAAAGCUCCUCGGGCGUCGUCAAAGUACGCAGUGGAUUGCCGUCCGGUCAACCUGACGGCCCCCAAAGAACCGUUGCCACCACCGUCGGUUGACCACCAGAUCAGGAUGGAUGAACGACACCAUCAAUACCACAUGUACGGACAUCCUCGGCUCUACGUCAGCGCGGCGGCAUACCAAUCGUACCAUAACAUGCACCAACCGCCGGCACCAUACGGUGUGUACACUAGCCCGUACGCACCUGUCAUCCCGCGGGAUAUCAGGCACCAUCUGAUGCAACCGCCGCAAGAACAAAGGUACCCGAGUCCACCGAACAAGAACGGCGGUGUUAGCGUCGGGAGUCGAGCUAGCCCGUCGUCGUCGCCUCCCGAACAGUUCAAAGUUCCGAACGGUAGAGACAAUAAACCACCCCUACAGCUGCAACAGCAGCGAAUACUACCGCCUCCCCAACCGGCCACUACAGUAGCCACCGCCCCUGCCGUCAACCACAACAACAUCAUUAAUAACAACAACAUCCAUAACAACAAUAACCAUAUAGGCGCAGUCGCGGAACCCUCGCCAAAGAAACUGCGGCGCAACACGCCGGAACCGCUGUCACCGCCGGCGGCCAAGACGUCAAACUUCACCAAGGGUUCGCUGAUACGGUUGGCUAACGGCAAUAUAAAAAAGGUCGAAGAUAUGAGAACCGAAGACUUUUUGAACUCUGUGGAGAACAGUGACAUGCACAGGAUCGAUCCUAGUACGGUGGUGAGAAUCGAACCCGUGACGGAUUCGGCAGUCAAAGGCAACAUAAAGAUCACACUUAGCUACGGUGACCAAAGAAAUCAUCAGAUCGGCAGUGACAACAAAAAGACGAAUUCAGUGGCGGCCAUUGCGACCGCGACGUCCAAGUCACAUCAGGUGGAAAUGGAGAGCGGCGCAGAACACCCGUACUUCGUGUUUGGCCGGGGCUGGGCGUCGUGGAGCCCGGCCAAGACACUGGCCAAGUACGGGCUGACGUGCCAGCGGCUGCAGGUGGGCGAUGUGUGCGUGUCGCUGACGAAACGAUCGUCGGCGGUAGCUUCUGACUCGACGACAACGACCACGACAACGCCACCGCACGGAAAACGACGGCAGCAGCAUAGCGUCUCGGUAGCCGUACAACAGCAGCAACAACAACAGCAACAAAAUCUCCAUCAUCUCCAUCAACAUCAUUCGGCGGCCGUUCAAAAAGCUCAGCUGCAGCUGCAGCAGCAGUCUGUGGACGACGAGAAGAAUAGCAGGAACAAGAGACGGUGGUCCGCCCCUGACCCAGAGCCCGGUACUUAA